UCCCCAAAGGUCAGCAGUCAUCUCCUGUACUGUCCGCAGUCUCUGGUCAUCUCCUCUGCUGUCCGCAGUCUCUGGUCAUCUCUUGUACUAUGUCCACAGUCUCUGGUAAUCUCCUGUGCUGUCCGCAGUCUCUGGUCAUCUCUUGUACUGUGUCUGCAGUCUCUGGUCAUCUCCUGUACUAUGUCCGCAGUCUCUGGUCAUCUCCUGUAAUGUGUCCGCAGUCUCUGGUCAUCUCCUGUACUGUGUCCGCAGUCUCUGGUCAUCUCCUAAACUAUGUCUGCAGUUUCUGGUCAUCUCCUGUUCUAUGUCCGCAGUCUCUGGUAAUCUCCUUUACUGUCUGCAGUCUCUGGUAAUCUCCUUUACUGUCUGCAGUCUCUGGUCAUCCCCUGCACUGUCUGCAGUCUCUGGUCAUCUGUACUAUGUCCACAGUUUCUGGUCAUUCCCUGUACUAUGUCCGCAGUC